UUGUUUAUCACUGUUAGGAUCGACAAGGAAAUAAACCAGAUCUCUUCGCCUCUCCCAGUUUUCAACUUGUUUGUUUCAAAUCUUUUUAUGCAACUUACAGGAAAGUCUGCACCCAGACUCCAGAGCCAGACAAACUGGUUUUGGAUGCAGACACAGACCAAUUAACUUUGCUUCUGAUCAGUCAGAUCGCUGAUCACUGUUGUUGCCCUUACAAUCCAUCCUGUUCAAUCUAAGCUGAAACUGGAAGACAAUGUCGUUGAAAUAUGUCUGGUUAGAUGUAGAUCCGGGACACGAUGAUGCCACUGCACUUAUGAUGGCCUGCCAAUUAGAGAAUAUCAAACUUCUUGGAGUUUCCAGUGUUCACGGCAAUGCGUCCGCUGAUUGCACUGCCAAGAACACCGCAAGGUGUCUGCACGCAUUCGCUGCACCUUCCGAUGUUCUAGUAUACCCUGGCGCAUGCAAGCCGUUGCUUCGACCCACAAAACACGACCCUGAAAUUCAUGGAGAAGAUGGUCUAGGAGGUGUUGUAGGCCUCCCUUCAGCCGAUAGUCCUGAAGUUCAGGCACGAUUCGCUCGAAAAGUCGAUGGGUCGUUAACACAUGCCAUCGAGGGGAUGGCAUCAGCUAUCAAGGACGCAUGGCGCAAUGGUACUGGACAUCAAGUGUCGGUUGUUUCUUCCGGACCAAUGACGAAUAUUGCCCUAUUUGUCAGCGUCUAUCCCGACCUUUUGGAAGCAGUGGAACAGUUUGUAUUUAUGGGCGGAGGUGUGGGCGUUGGUAAUAGAUCUGCCGUCGCAGAGUUUAAUAUUAUGUGCGACCCCGAGGCGGCUCAGAUUGUUCUCGACGCUCCAGUCAAGACUGUUAUGAUACCCAUCAAUGUCACACACACAGCUAUUGUCACUUCGGCUAUCCAUUCUCGCCUGAGAUCACCCCAUCCAGCUCUCCUGGACGGCGUGCUGGCAAAUCCAUCUACCAAUCUCCGAAGCACAUUGUCUUCUGUCAUCAGUUUCUUCGCAGGAACGUACAAGUCAACAUUUGGUUUCGAUCAAGGUCCGCCUCUCCACGAUGCACUGACCAUCACAUAUGUGUCCCAUCCUGAGCUCUUUAGUGCUCAACGUUUUAGAGUGGAUGUGGAGCUACAUGGUAAGCACACGGCAGGAGAAACGGUCAUCGACAUUUGGAAUUAUCGAGCAUGUGAUGACUCAUGGGGUUCUAAUGGGAAGAAUUGCGUUGUCACCCAGUCAGUUCAGGUCGAUCAAUUUUUUGAAUUACUUUUGAAUUGUGUCUCCCGAUGUGAUGCCAUAUCUCCACUCAACGUACAACAAUGACUGUUCCCUAUCUGAACGCCAGUGGCCCACAUCAGGCACUGCCUUAUGCGUGGGACUGACUUUCAGAUUUAUUUUCUUACUUACGUGUAUUCACGCGAUACGCCUUAUGACCCCAACAUGUAAGACGCCAUAACAGUCGAAUGCUCUCAACAAGGAUAUUAUUGGUUAGUAGUUACGAUCUACAUGCUGUGCGUACACGCUUACUAUCAGAUUGACGUGUGUCGCAGAAUUCCUAAUCAUGAAUGUCAAAUCCACAUUUCAUAAGAAUUGGGUAAAGUUAUCGAUCGUAUGGAUCUGUUGGUUGUCUUUUCCAAGACAUUGUCUGGUUGUUAUGAUGGCCACUACACAAAUACGUUGUCAUUGUCACCUAAGCUAGGGGCAUCACUUCCACAUCGAUAUCAGAUAGGUUUCAGUCACAAAUUAUGAUUACUCCCGUCUAAAGACUUUGUUCCUUGACGUGCGUGCGUGCGUGCGUGCCGCUGAUG